GCCAGAUUAUUAUCAUCUUCAACAUAGAAAAGUGGCCAAGCGAUCCCUGUACUCCAGCUCUUACCACCAUAGGGAUUUAGUCAGAGAUAAAAAUGUGUUGUGGUUAGAGCAACAGGUAGUCAGACGGAGAGUGAAAAGAAAGAUUCAUUUUAACGACCCCAAAUGGCAAAAAAUGUGGUAUUUGAAUCGUGGGCGAACAUUGGACAUGAACGUACAGCCAGCUUGGCAGCAAGGUUCACGGGCAAAGGUGUGGUCGUCACGAUACUUGACGAUGGCAUAGAAACUGACCAUCCUGAUCUCAGCCGCAAUUAUGAUCCAGAAGCCAGUUAUGAUGUGAACGCUCAUGAUCCUGACCCACAGCCUCGCUAUGACUCCUCCAAUGAAAACAGACACGGUACCCGCUGUGCUGGAGAGGUGGCUGCCCAAGCUGACAACCAUUUCUGUAGUGUUGGGGUUGCCUUUGAUGCCAGAAUUGGAGGUGUGAGGAUGCUGGAUGGUGAUGUCACAGACUCGGUGGAGGCGCAGUCCCUCAGUCUGAAUCCUCAACACAUCCAUAUAUACAGCGCUAGCUGGGGACCAGAUGACGAUGGGCGCACAGUGGAUGGACCAGCCACGCUCGCCAGGAAGGCCUUCUAUGACGGCAUUACCAGAGGUCGCGGUGGCCUGGGCUCCAUCUUCGUGUGGGCGUCUGGCAACGGGGGUCGUGAUCGUGACAGCUGUAACUGUGAUGGCUAUACCAAUAGCAUAUAUACCCUGUCAAUUAGUAGUGCCACGGAGAAUGGCAACAUUCCCUGGUACUCUGAGGCUUGCUCCUCCACCCUGGCUACCACCUACAGCAGUGGCUCUGGGGGCGAGAGGCAAAUUGUGACUACAGAUCUGCGUAAAGGUUGUACGGAGACUCACACUGGUACUUCUGCCAGUGCCCCACUGGCUGCCGGGUUAUGUGCCCUAGCUUUACAGGCAAAUCCACGAUUGACGUGGAGAGAUAUGCAACAUCUAGUCGUCCUGACAGCCAAGCCGGGCAACUUACAGGCAGCAGACUGGGUCACAAAUGGUGUAGGUCGCAAAGUGAGCCAUUCGUUCGGAUAUGGGCUGAUGGAUGCUUAUGCCAUGGUCCAAGUUGCCAAAAAUUGGACAACAGUCCCUCCACAACAUAUAUGUGAAAUCAAAUCUCAUGAUCACAAAAAAGUGAUACCCAUGAAUGGAAAAAUAACUGUCCCUUUAUAUACAAAAGGCUGUGAGGGACAAAGCAACAUGGUGGUCUAUUUAGAGCAUGUUGAAGCCAAAGUGACACUAACCUCUUCCAGGAGAGGUGAAAUUUUAAUAUAUCUGACCUCCCCCAUGGGGACGCGCUCUACCUUGCUGGACAAACGGGUGCGGGAUACCUCGCGGGAGGGCUUUAACACCUGGGCGUUCAUGACGACCCACAGCUGGGGCGAGUACGCUAAGGGCACCUGGAUACUAGAGAUAGAGAAUGGAGCCAGUAUAUUACAGCCAGCAGUUCUGAAGGAAUGGUCUCUUGUUUUGUAUGGAACUGUUGUGACACCCCAACAGCAGACCACCACCACAGUAGCUCCUAGCACCACCACCCCUACCACCACAGCUUUUUUACGCUCACCCUCCACCACCACCCCUCGCGGUACGCGGCGUAGCAGCAGUACAACAGCUACCCCAACCACAGCCUUACGCAAGGAGCCUGUCAUUCCUGUUAAAGUAUUCCAUCCGUACAUUUGGCGGUCCUACUACUCCUAUCACCAGUGGCGAUCCUCUGCCUACGCCCGGCACAAAUUCUUCCGACCUAAUUAUAAACAGUGUGUCUACCAGACGCUGUCAUUGCAAGACAAAGCGUCCAUCCUGCAGGUCAAACGAUUGACCAGCAGACGCUCAGCUGAAUUAAAGGAGUGGACGCUGGUUGUCAUGGGAACGGCGACCCACCCACAAACCCACAACUAUUCCCCACCCAUCUUGGUGCCCGGUGGCCCUAACACUCAUCAGUUACCCGAAUGCUCAGGCGUGUCCAGUCAGGGGAUUUGUAUAGAGUGUUCCCUGGGCUUCUUUAUGCUGCACAAUGAGUGUGUGAAGACGUGCCCUCCUGGGUACUAUGGCAAGGUUAUGUUGUCCACCGACAGCAAUGAUGUCGUGAAGCUCCCAUCUGUGAAGUGGAACACCAGCAACAUGAGGCCCUACGGCAUAUGUGAUCCGUGCCACAAAGCGUGCACCACAUGCCGUGGACCAAGGAUUGACUGCUGCUUCAGCUGCUCCCCUGAGUACUUCUUCCGCAAGGAGGUUUGCGUACCUCGUUCAGCCCUGACACAUGAAGGCGUUCUCAUCUUGGCCAUUCUGAGCGGCUGCAGCCUCUUGCUCGUUGGCCUCGUUCUGCUCUUGGUCAAGCUAAAAGGACCCCCUGUCUGGUGCUGUAAGGAUAAGCGGCGACUCAUAGAUCUCUCCAAAGGCAGGUACAAUGGGAUCAGUCUGUCCAGCGUGGAACUGGAGAGUGAUUUUGAGACUGAUGUCACUGAUGACCUCAGUGAUAAUGAAGUGAAGACCUGAUGUAGGAUUUCAUUUCACCCUUGCAACAAUAAGACUAAUGCUGUGUUUCCACGGACAUGCAAUUGCACUUGUGCGAUUGUGUAAUGCACGUAUUAACCGCAUUGAAAAUGGAAAAUGUCUCAUUUUUAACAAAUUCAUUGAAGCUUUAUUGUGCCUGUGGGGGUAGAUUGACAGAGUGCUAUAAUCCUGUAAGUAAACACAGAUGUCAACUUUGCAGCCAGAGCGUCAAGGAAUCGUAUAAGCUAUCACAAUCACAAUUGCAAUUGCAUGUCUGUGGAACCAGUUUAUAGAUGGAAUUUAUACAACCAAGUUAUGCUAGUUUAGAAUAGAAUCUACUUCAGUGUCUGGCUAUAAAUAUAUGUGAUCCUGUCAAAAGUUUCAACUGUUCUUGUCAUAAAGACAAUGAUCUUGUAAGGUAUACGGAUACGUAGCAGGAAGCAAGUACAGGCAAGAAGGGGAGAGUGUUCGGACUGACACUUUUAAUUGUGUCAAUGCUAUGUAGUGUAAACAGCAGGCUCAGUUGGCAAAUGGUUUCUAGAUCUUCUCAGCUUAUACAAGGUGAAGUCAUAUAAAAUUUAAUCUAAAUGAAACAGCUAGGUAGAAAAGUAGGCUUGUCAACCAUUAGGCAUAAAAUACUUAAUCUAAAUAAAACAGCUAGGUAGAAAAGUAGACUUGUCAAACAUUGCUUUUGUACACACAUAGCAAAGAGUGUUAUAUGCAGAAAACAGGAUAAGAAUAGUUUUUAUUACCAGAUGACAAUUCUGAGGUGUUCAAGUAUGUAUGCUUAAAAUAAUGAUUGAGUGUGGCUGAACAAAGAGCAUUCUAUGCAUUGGUUUACCAAACGUUUCUGAUUAGACAGUCCUAUGCAUGAAUAUGUAGGCUAUAGAGUCUAGUCAGCAGGCUAAUAUUCUUGUAUGUUGUAGAAGUUGUACAAGCUUGCUGGUAUGAAAUAUUACACCUGCUGGGCUAAAUGGAAAUCCUGAUAUCAUCAUCUAGAAAGGGGAUCUCUAUUAAAACUAACUAGUUUAAAACUUCAAAAUUUCAUUUCAAAAUGUGUCACUUGUACCAGCUGUACAUAUACAUUUGUAGGUCAGACAUCUUCUCAGAAUUUCCCAGAGUUCAGGAAGAAGUUGCACCACAGCCUUCUAAACCAACUGCUGAUGAUAUUUUGCCUGUUGGACAUGAAUAGACGCACCACAUUCUAACAGUAUCUUCUAGCUAAGUUAGACUAGUCCAAUGGGAAUAGGAGAAGCUCUGUUUUGUAAGCGACAUUCACAAGGUGCAAUUUGUCUAAUUUUACAGACAGUAUGAAAUAGGAUUUAUACUAUUUUCAUUUAUGUAGUCGAGUUUGAUGAGUUAAUGGGAAAAGAUUGGGAAAUGUGUGAAUUUGGCUUCAUUCCGAUUGGUUUUGUGAUAGCAGUUGCCACGACAGCAGCAGGUGCGCCAGUCAAAGCAUAGGAUGUGUAUUAUUAACCUGUUUUAGAUAGAUCACUGAAGGGUAAGAGGUUUUACAUUAUCAUGUGUAUGUCAGUUAUCAUUUUCAGAAAUUUAUAAUAAUAAGGAUAAUAAUAAUAAUAAUAAUAGAUGUUGUGUGUGCAUGUUGUGUAUAUUUGGUGAAUACACGAUGUGCUUACAUGUAUAUUGUGAAGACCAAAACAAAUUCAACUUUGACUGAUCAAUAAAAUAUGAAUUGCUCAUUGCAUAAUCAUUUGUGGAAACUUUGACGUUGUUGCUGAUGAUGCUGUUAAAGAAAUGCUGACAUUUUGGUUGAAUAUUAUGCUGUUAAAGAAAAACUCACAAUUUCAUUUGAGAUACAAUGUACAUUUAAUGCUGUUAAAGAAACGCUGUACAUAUCCCCUCUCUUUCAAUGAAGAGAUUUUUGUAUAUAACUGAAACACUAAUUGCAUCAGCCCUGCAUAACAAUGUGUGUCUAGCUUGUGUAUGGUUUCUAAAUGUAAAUUACUGCAUACUCACACGUUCAUAGCAUGAUUCUUUACUUAACGUGUCGUCCUUUUACUCUACUAUACGGCAGUUUUUUUUUAUUAACAGUGCAAUUGAAUGGAAUCAAUGCAUGAUUUUGUACACUGAGAGUGGCUGUUUACGAACUAGGAACUUCUGUUAUGUAUUUUGCACGAGUGUUGCCAAUGUUUGCUUUUUGGAAGCAACAAAAGCUUCGAUGCUGUUCAGAAAAUUUUAUUUUUAUGAGUUUGAAUGAAAUAUAGCUGCUUCAUUUGUGCUUCAAACAGUUUUGGUACAUGUAGGCAGCUCAAGAGUAUGGGCUGUAUCUCAUGCAAGAACGUGACUCUCAUGUACUGCCAAAACUAGGACUUAUGCCAAAACUAGGACUUGUAAUUGACCACAAAGUUGCCAUUCAUAAAGCAAUAGACUUGCAAGUGACCGUUACCCGACUGGUUUAGCCCAUUCAGCAUAGCGCCUGUACCUAGCUUGGUAGUCUAGGUUAUAUGUUUAUGGGCAUAGUGCAGUUCUCACGCAGCCCAAUGUAUCUCGUAGAAACAAGCAUUUAAAAUCACAAGCUUCUAAAAGUUUAGAACUAUAAAUGGCUGAGAUCUGUUGGAGUAAAAGGGUAUUCCCCCUGGGCACUAGGCGUCUCCACUUGAAUUGGUAAUUCAGGGUCGUCAUUUUCGUACAAGUCCCGAAACAGUGGAGACCUCUUAUGGACGUCUCUCCAUAACAAUCUAAAAAUCUAUAGUUGAAUAAAAAAAAAAAACUCUCCCCAUUAUUUAACAUUUCGGAUCGUCGAUGAUAAAAGGUAAAAUUAGACUGCUGACUUUCUUUUUAUAAUGAUUUACUAAUAAAAGUCGAAUCGAAUUUUGAUACAUCUACGUGACUUAUAGUGUAUGAACUCCACUCCUCACCCGUAUCGCUUAUAAGAUGUAUUUGUGAUAGUUUAUAAACAUCUAUUUAGAAGGCUUUAGAUCUUCAUUUUCCACUUUCCUUCGUUCAUUGUUAUUUCUUGGAUGUUUUUUAAGCUGUUUGUUCGAAUGCUUUUUUCUUUAAUGCUUUCUACUGAAAAUAAAACUUUCUAUUGAAAAACAAAAGCAAGGCUUGUCUCGCAAAGUUCUUUCUAAACUUCUUUCUUGUGAUUUUCUUGUCAAAUUGGCGAUAAAAUAAUGAUUGCAAAAGUCGGGUCGUGAUAUGGGGGUUUUCAUUUUGUUAGGAUUUGUUUUAUUUGUUUGACUGGUGGUUUUGUUAAGGAGCUGUUUAUGUAUUUGUAUUGCACAACUAAUUAAAGUAAAA